AACCAGUGACGAGUUUAUGACAAGCAAGUUACAGCUGGUAUAUUGGACAUUUGCCCAUGACCAUCAUGGUGUGUGGAACUGUUUACUAAAGCUGGGAUUUAAAUACAUCCAGAGGAACCAUGAGCGGGAAAACUGAGAAGCCAGUUAUGGCAGAUGCCAAUCAGGCCCUACUUCCUUGUGAAGUCUGUGGAAGAAGCUUUGCACCCGAUGUUCUGGAAAGACAUGUGCCAAUAUGUAAGAAACUCUUCAACAAAAAACGCCAGCCAUUCAAUUCCUUGAAGCAGAGACUACAGGGCACUGAUAUUCCCACCCUGAAGAAGGCCCCCCAGUCCAAGAAUCAUCCUGUAAAGAAGUCUACUUGGAGACAGCAACAUGAGGACUUUAUUAAUGCAAUCCAAUCAGCCAAGCAAUGUUCAGUAGCCAUUAAAGAGGGCCGUCCUCUCCCUCCUCCACCCCCUCCAAGCAUCAACCCAGAUUAUAUUCAGUGUCCUCACUGCAUGAGGAGGUUUAAUGAAAAUGCAGCUGGGAGACACAUCAAUUUCUGCAAAGAUCAAGCUUCCCGUCGUUUUUUCAUUCCAGCCCAGACAGCAGCCAAAAUGACCUCCAGGGCUCAGGGCAAGGCACAGAUGGGCCUCAAGAAAGAACCUCCUGUAACGAAGGCCGUGGCAACAUUACUUGCGAACAGGGCCCAGGAGUCAGGGAAAGCACAUCCGUCCAAAACAGAAUGAUGGCCUCAAGUCAAACGUAACAUCACUGGUUACUCAGUAGAGCCUGAGUGGGGUCCAUGCUUUCACUUCUUAAUGGUAACCAAAACGAAAAGAACCCAUGGAUUUUCAUAUGCAUUUCUGUGACUAACCAAUUUGGUAAAUGGCUCAAAGUCUU